AUGUCAAAGAUGGGAUUCUCAAAGAAAGUAUUUUCAAAGUCAAAGUCCUCCAUUGAGGAGCAAGAUUGUUAUUACAAUGACAACAUGUGGGACUCUGACGUGAUGCAGGCUCAAGCCAAGAGUCAAUUUGCUGCACCCUCCCAUGCUACACUGAUACCAACUGAUGAGUCAAAGAAGAUUAAUGUUAAACUACCAUUGUCAGAGUGGAAUAGAUUGUUGACGGAUAAACAAAAGACUAGUGUCCAGGCAUUCUCCAUUGAGAAGGCAAACUAUGUUGGUUUCGCUCAAUCACAUUCUACAGAGUUGUUGUGUGAGUUUGACAUUUUGGUCUUCGCAUCCGAUCAGAAGAUCACAUUGCUUCCAGCAUCAAUCGCACUAAAGUCAUCCACCGUAUUAUAUUCGGACCAGAUAUCCAACAACAAUCCAUCACAUGUUGAUCAAUUGUCAUGCAUUGGUGUCGAGCAAAAUGCCUACAAAUUCUUUGCCGAGGCACCCGGUCGCUACCUCGUCAAACUCGAGGUGCUGGUCAACUACCUGACCGCCAAGAAGAAUGGCUUUGGUUUUGCCUCACCCAAGGCAACAUUCAACAAGUUGGCCAUCUCUGUGCCCAAGGACGUUCAGAUCAAGAUCGACCCAGUGUCCGAGCAAGGACAGAAGGAGGAGAAGUCCAUCGAGAAUGGAGUCACCAUCACCAAGUCUGUGGCUAAUGUGCCACCCGCCUCAUACAUCAAGAUACAAUGGACAGACUUUGAGUCAGGCGAGGCGGUCCAAGCAAGUGUCUCUGAAGGUGCCACUGUCUCACCAACAUCGGCAGCAUUGCCACCAAAGCAGGCAGAGCAAACCAAGGUCACAGUUCAACAGUACACCAUGUGUUCAAUUGGCGAGGGUGUGGUAGUGAUCAACAACAGCAUGAAGUACAGCGUCAUCUCUGGACAGAUAUCAUCAUUCGAAAUCAUUCUUGGCAAUCACCUCAAUGUGCUCUCGGUCGAGGGCUACGACAUCAAGAAGUGGGAGUGCUUCCCCAUCGCCCCACUGAUCGACAUACCAGGCUCCAAGACUGCGGUCACGGAGAAGCUGCUCAAGAUCAUCCUCAACUCGCCAGUGGAGGACCACUAUCUAUUCAAUAUCAUCUCUGAGAUUGAGAUGGAGUCGACCUCUGGAGAGAUCACCAUCCCAAGCGUCAGAUGUCGUGGAAGCGAGAUCUCUCGUGAGAAGGGAUUCUUAGUGUGCGAGUCGACCGCAAACGUCGAGGUGGAGCACAUUGCACGCGAUGGUUUGACCAUGAUUGACAAGACAGAGGUGCCAGAGGCCCUGGCGCGCAUGGCCAGCGGCCCUCUGCUCCUGUCCUACAAGUUCCUGGAUCCCAAGUAUCGUCUGCAGAUCAAGAUCACCAAGCAUUCAGACCUCCCCGUACUUGUGGCCAUCUGUGAGAAGGCACACUAUCUGGCGACACUGAGCUCCGAAGGAUCACUGCUCAAGAAGUUAAUCUUCUCCAUCCGUAACACACAACAACAGUACAUUCGUGUAACCAUUCCACAUCAAUUCGAGAUCUGGUCAACGAUUGUUGACUCAAAGGCAGUCAAGCCAGCAUUGGAUGAGAAUGGCACUGUGAUGAUACCUUUGAACAAGUCAAGUGGAACUGAGAGGGGCAUUCAGAAGCCCUUCCAGGUCGUCAUUGUCUACAAGCACACAGAAGAUCUUGAGCUUCAUAACUCUGGCACAGUGGCGCUCAAGUUCCCAUCGAUCGACAUCCCCAUCAGCCAUCUGUACAUUUCACUGUUCCUGCCCAAGGACUACUCAUACGACAAAUGCACAGGCAACAUCAAGGAGGUCAGCUACCUGUAUGGUGCGCCCUCUGACGAGGAUGGAACGUCGGGCGUCCGCCAACUAAGCAGUGCACGUGGUCGCGCACGUGCCCCACAGGAGCAGAUGCAGAUGCAAAUGCAGGUACAAUACAACACCAUGUCCAACGCCAAUCCUAUGUACUCUCAAAAUGACGAAAGAGGAGUCAACCCAUUGUACGAUGGUAUGACACCAGGUGGUGGCGAGGACUCUAAAGACACAGCAGGACUCAAGCCAGUCAUUGUUAACUUCCCCAAGACAGGCGUUCGCAUCUGUUUGGAGCAAUUGUUGGUGAUCUCAACUGAGAUAUCCAUUCAGACAAAGUACAAGGAGAAGCGUGGAUGCUGUUAA